AUGCCUGAAUUUGAAUACCGCUUGAAUCUGGAACCCGAACUACCGGAUGACAUCAAAAAGGUUGCCAUUGAACAGGGUGAAUGUGAGGAGACCCGUAAACAAACAAUUGAUGAAUUUCGUAAUUAUAUUCUUGAGCAUAACGGCUGUCAGCCACAUCGUACCGAUGAUGAGUAUCUGCAGAGAUUUUUGAGGGCCCGCUACUGGAAUAUACCGCAUAGCUAUAAGUUGAUCUGCAAUUAUUACAAAUUCCGUGACCAGAAUAAAAACUUCUUUGAAAAAGUCCGCCCGCUGGACCUCACCUAUAUUGCAAGUAAAGAUAUUGUCCAUGUCACCCCCUAUAGAGAUCAAUGUGGUAGACGUAUUAUGAUUUAUCGUUUUGGCCUGUGGAAACCGAGUGAGGUCUCCACCGAUGAUAUAUUCCGAGCCUCGGUGUGUCUGCUGGAAAUGGGUGGCAUGGAACCCAUUACCCAAGUGGUCGGGGGUAUUGGCAUUUUCGAUUUAAAGGGUUUCUCACUGAAUCACAUUUUACAUUUGAGCCCUGGCGUGGCCUCGAAAAUGAUUGCCCUGAUGGUGACUUCUAUGUUCACCCGAGUUGCCUCCAUCCACAUUGUCAAUCAGAAUUUCGUCUUCAAUGCUGCCCUGAAGAUCUUCCAGCCAUUUAUGGAUGCCAAAAUGCGGGAACAUUUAUUUAUUCAUGGUUCGGAUAUGGCCUCAUUGCAUAAACAUAUAAAUCCCGAUUGUUUGCCAAAGAGAUAUGGUGGCACCCUUGACGAUUUCUCCUCCACAGCCUGGCUAGAGGCCAUCAAGGAUGACAAACAAAUCCAGCAGGAACUGGAGAAACAAGGUUAUGUGAUGUGAA